CUAAGGCUUGAGCCUACUGCUCAUUUAGGAAGGGAUCAGAUUUGAAGAUGCUUGAGCUGCCUGAGGUCCUGCUUGCGUUUUCAGAACCCAGAUCCAGGGAGAAAGUGAACCGGGGCAAUUGACAAGCCCCAGAGGCUGGGAGAAGCUUCAUCUGAGACUGGACCUCUCAUCUUCCCUGGAGGAAGAUCUGCCUGCACUGCAAGUGUCCCCAGGAGGAGCACAUGGUGACAGUGAUGCCACUGGAGAUGGAGAAAACCAUCAGCAAACUCAUGUUUGACUUCCAGAGGAACUCCACGUCAGACGACGACUCAGGCUGUGCCUUGGAAGAGUAUGCCUGGGUCCCGCCAGGGCUGAAGCCUGAACAGGUGCACCAGUACUACAGCUGCCUCCCAGAAGAGAAAGUCCCCUAUGUCAACAGUCCUGGAGAAAAACUGCGAAUCAAGCAACUCCUACACCAGCUGCCACCACAUGACAAUGAGGUGCGCUACUGCAAUUCCCUGGACGAGGAAGAGAAGAGGGAGCUGAAGCUGUUCAGCAACCAGAGGAAACGAGAGAACUUGGGCCGUGGGAACGUCAGGCCCUUCCCUGUCACCAUGACGGGAGCGAUUUGCGAACAGUGUGGAGGCCAGAUUAACGGUGGGGAUAUCGCCGUGUUUGCAUCUCGGGCUGGCCAUGGCGUUUGCUGGCACCCACCCUGCUUCAUAUGCACUGUCUGCAAUGAGCUGCUGGUGGAUUUGAUCUACUUUUACCAAGACGGCAAGAUCUACUGCGGCAGGCACCAUGCCGAGUGCCUGAAGCCACGCUGUGCAGCCUGUGAUGAGAUCAUCUUCGCUGAUGAAUGCACAGAAGCUGAGGGACGGCACUGGCACAUGAAACACUUCUGUUGCUUUGAGUGUGAGACAGUGCUUGGUGGCCAACGCUACAUCAUGAAGGAGGGAAGGCCCUACUGUUGCCAUUGCUUUGAGUCCUUGUAUGCGGAAUAUUGUGACACCUGUGCCCAACACAUAGGGAUCGACCAGGGUCAAAUGACCUAUGAUGGCCAGCACUGGCAUGCCACCGAGACCUGUUUCUGCUGUGCUCACUGCAAGAAGUCCCUCCUGGGGCGGCCAUUCCUCCCAAAGCAGGGCCAGAUAUUCUGCUCCCGGGCCUGCAGUGCUGGGGAGGACCCCAAUGGCUCCGACUCAUCUGAUUCAGCCUUCCAGAAUGCCAGGGCCAAGGAGUCUCGGCGCAGUGCCAAAAUUGGCAAGAACAAAGGCAAGACAGAGGAGGCCAUGAUGAACCAGCACAGCCAGCUGCAGGUGAGUUCCAACCGGCUCUCAGCUGAUGUGGACCCCCUGUCACUGCAAAUGGACCUGCUCAGCCUGUCCAGCCAGACACCCAGCCUCAACCGGGACCCUAUCUGGAGGAGCCGAGAGGAGCCCUACCAUUAUGGGAACAAGAUGGAGCAGAACCAAUCCCAGAGUCCUUUGCAGCUUCUCAGUCAGUGCAACAUCAGAACUUCCUACAGUCCAGGAGGGCAGGGAGCUGGAGCCCAGCCUGACAUGUGGGCCAAGCAUUUCAGCAACCCCAAGAGAAACUCGUCACUGGCCAUGAAGGGGCAUGGUGGCAGCUUCAUCAAGGAGGACUACUACCCAGGGAGGCUGCGGUCCCAGGAGAGCUACAGCGAUAUGUCCAGUCAAAGCUUCAGUGAACCCCGAGGCAGCAUCCCAGUCCCCAAGUACGAGGAAGAAGAGGAAGAGGAAGGGGGUCUGUCCACUCAGCAGUGUCGAACCCGUCAUCCUAUCAGUUCCCUGAAAUACACAGAGGACAUGACACCCACAGAGCAGACCCCUCGGGGCUCCAUGGAAUCACUGGCACUGUCAAAUGCAACAGGUAGGUUCUGGUCAUCUGGAUCACGGAUAUCUAGGGGUCACCUCUGGGUGACCUGGUGCUGGUCCUCAGGAUUUUAGCAUGGUCCUGCCAUAUGCCUUCGUCCACCAGGCUGUGGAGUUUCAGAUGGCUUCUGCCUUUGAUGGGAUUCCCUAUAAGUAAAGCGUGAGUGCAAGGUCUGGAUGCCUGUGACAUGUGCACCAUGUGCUCAUGGGAGAAGGGGAAGCAGAGAAAUGGAAUAAGGCUGGGGGAGGAGCCAUAUGAGGGAUGAUGUGUGGACUGGAGUCUGGCUUCAGCCUAUCCCAUGGGGGAAGCUCUGGACGGUGGAUUGCAACAGAGUCAGUUCCCUCUUGCGAGGUGUGGUACUCUCACAAAGUCAGUGACUUUGGGCUCCUGCAGAGCGAUUGGGGUGAGUUUAUGGCUAUGGGUGUCAACAAAGCAGCUCAUGUUGACCAAAGAGCAUUCAGGAGAAGGGGCAGCUGUGAGAUGAUAGCAGUGUUCACAACACCUGGGGGCAGGUGUCCCAGCUUGAUAAGGUGUAGGACAUCAAAGUAUCCAGGGUUGCUUCCUGAGCUGUUCUGAACCCUAGUAUCUCACAAGGUCCCGAUUGUAAUGUGCAGAUAAAGACAGAAGAAAUCUGUAGACAACACAAAGAAGCUAGGCAAGCUGAGAAGGGCUGAAGUGGAGGUAAACAGUCACCACAUGCCCUCUCCAACACGUUGGCAGCUGGUUUGUGAAGAUUAAC